GUGAACUUGGGCACAGCCACACACGCACUGAACACACAGCAUCAUGUCUUCCGGUGGAGAUAAGAAGGCCGCCUCUCAGACCGACGGCAAGGCCGCCCAGACCAAGAAGUCCGACAUGGGCAUGGGCAUGAUGGCCUAUAAGAUGUACGUGUUCGACCAGGAGAAUUUCCAGGGUCGCAUGAUUGAGAUCAAUGCCGAGUGCAUGAAUGUGUGUGAAAUGGGAAUGGACAGAGUUCGCUCUCUGCGUGUGGAGUGCGGCCCCUUCGUGGGCUGGGAACAGAUGAACUUCUGUGGAGAGAUGUACAUCCUGGAGAAGGGUGACUACCCCCGCUGGGACUCCUGGAGCAACUGCCAGAAGAACGACUACCUGCUGUCCUUCAGACCCGUCAGAAUGGACCCCGAGAAGCACAAGAUCUGCUUGUACGAGGUGGGUGACUUCAAGGGCCGUAAGAUGGAGAUCAUGGACGAUGACGUUCCCAGCCUGUACUCCUACGGCUUCACCGACAGAGUGGGCAGCAUCAUUGUCAGCUGUGGAACCUGGGUGGGCUACCAGUACCCCGGUUACCGUGGCAGCCAGUACCUGCUGGAGAAGGGCGACUACAGACACUUUAACGAGUACGGCGCUCGCUGCCCUCAGAUGCAGUCCAUGAGGCGCAUCCGCGACAUGCAGUGGCACCCACACGGCUGCUACACCAUGGCCACCAAGUGAGGGCUAGGCCAGGAGCGGAAGAGACGGACCGGAGGAGAAGCAGAGGGGCGCCGGAGGAAGGAGAGGAGGAGAGACGUCUGAGGCCAAACGUGCCUCUCUGACCGGGACGGACCAUACCACACCACGCUCCUGCACAGAUAAAAUAGGGGAGAGGGUGCUUAGGGGUGACAGACUCUCAGGCUCACACGGGACAUCCCGCUGUACGUUUCUACUGGAGCCUUUUUAAGCUCCCGGGCCUCUACAUGUCUGUUUGUGGAGCGCCAAGAAAAAAAACAAAAACAAACAUGCGCCUUCCCUCUUCCUCCCGCUUCAUCUCCUCUCUUUCUCUCCUGUGUCAUGGCCUUUUGUUUUCCUUCCAUCUUUUAAUUUUUAUCUUUCAUCCGCCCCAAACCCCUACUCCUCAUCCCUUACCCUACCAGGAGGAUGGAAAGAGAGAAGGAGAGAUGAAGAGAUGAGGAAAGGUUAUAGCUCCUGAUCCUUGGAUAUCUCCCUUUGUCUAAUGUACAGAAUCCUGGGCACCUUUUCAAUAAAAACCCAAAAGAUUGAUACCAAA